AUGUCAAGUUCGUUAGUACCGGACCGGACACCAGGGUCAAUGUCGCAAUAUUCGAAAAUUAAUUUGGUUUCUUAUUUAUUAUUAUGUUUGUUUGUUAUUUCAUUUUUGGUCUUUCUUAAUAGUACACAGCCAUUUGUAUUGACUGAUAUCCUUGGUGACGAUGUUAACAUUGGUGAUAAAGUAGGCUCUCUGGCAUUUGCUGACGAGAUAGUGUCUAUAGUAUUAUGUCCUCUAUGGGGGUCCUUGAGUGAUAAGGUUGGUACUAGGCCAGUGUCAGUAAUUGGACUUCUAAUUCUGUCUACCAGUUUAUUUUUUUAUACCACAGGCAAUUCUGUGUAUCCCGACCUGUUAUUACUAAGAAUGUUCUUUGCGGUGGGGACCUCGGCAUGUGUUUCAAUGAUUCCAGCAAUAUUAGCUGAGUUGUCAGCUAGCUACGAAGAAAGUAAAUUUGACGGAUAUCGUCAGGUUGAGGAUAUGAACUGGGGUGACGACGUAUCUAAUGACGAAGAAAAUGAUGCAUUGGAAGCAAUUGAAGAGCGGAAUGCGUAUUUUGAUGAUCCUACGGUGGUGUCUAGGGAUACGCCAUUUUUUGAGCAGUCUGAGGCAUCUCCAAAAUCCUAUCGGAAUGCGAAAUUGGCUGGAUUGGUAGGUGUUGUGACUGGAAUUGGUGCUGUUUUGUCUGUAUCCCUCUUCCUUCCAUUACCUACCUGGCUAGAUAGAAACAGUGGCGGAGAAAACGAUGCCAAAAUAGCAUUACGAAAUUCAUACUACAUUGUCUCAGCGAUUGCCUUCUUUGUUAGCAUUCUACUAUUUUUGGGCUUGCACAAAGAUAGGUCGAAAUCCUUCCGUCUGUGGUUGAAUGGGGGGUCUGUUUCGAUAUUUGACGAAGCAGCACUUGAUACUAUGCCAGAUUCGUUACCGUACUUCCAGACUAUUAAAAUGGGUUUCCUUGCUGCCAAAGACAGACAAGUUGCCUUAUCAUAUGUCGGUGGACUUGUGGCUCGAUCCGCAACUGUGGCACUGACAUUGUUCGUGCCGCUAGCUGUUAAUUUUUAUUUUUAUGAGCAAGGAAUUUGCAAAGUGGGUGAUCCUCAUGAUGCUCUCCCCGAUGUUAAAAAAGGAUGUCAUGAAGCCUAUGUAUUAGCGGCAAUAUUGACUGGAAUAGCCAACACAGUAUCCCUAGUAUUUGCACCAAUUUGGGGUCUAUUAGGUGAUUAUAUUGGUCAGCAUGGAUCUUUAAUGGUGUCUGCACUUGUUGGUUUUACAGGCUGUAUAGGAUUUGCUUUUGUUGAAAAACCAAACUCGCCGGUCAGUUUUGUAAUGGCAUGUUUUCUUGGUGCGGGUCAGAUUGGUGCAAUUGUGUUAUCAAUGUCGAUGUGCACAAAUAGCCGCCGUCAAUAUAAUGGUUCUAUCUCUGGAGUCUACUCUUUGAGUGGAGGACUCGGUAUUCUUUUGAUAACGAAAGUCGGAGGUUACAUAUCUGAUAUUUGGAAAGGUGCUCCGUUCGUGAUUCUGGCGGGCUUUUACUUUCUUCUUUGCAUUGCUAUUAUAUGGGCCCUACCAAAAGGUGAGUCAAAAGGGUUUUCAAGGUUGUUUUCUCCGCCGAGAUAG